GUAGGUCCCUUUAAGUGAAAGCCUCCUCAGGAAACUCAACCCAGCACUCCUGAGUCUCUUUUGUUAGCGGAGAAAGGCAGUGGAUGAGUGCCAGGAGUAAAAUAUACCGAGGCAGACUUUUCAGAGAAAUUCAAAAGGGUCUGUUUGAAAGGCAAAAGUGCAGAAGAUAUGCUCAUCACAGAUGCAUUUCAACUAGCUGACUGAAUUUAGUACAGAAUAUCAAGCGAAGGGAGGAUGGAAACAAUUCUGGACCACAGCUACUACCUUCAGAUCAUCUGCCCAAAUAAUGAGAAGAUCUUGCAGCCAUUUUGGGAUUAUCUCUGCACAAACUACUUGGACAUCAUUAGGUCUCCUCUGUUUCCUGUGAUCCUGACGGUGUCCUGUUACUUCAUAUUCUGCAUCCCUUACCUGAUCUGCAACAUGAUGGGAAGAAGGUGGCCCUUCAUCCAUAAAUACAAAAUACAUCAGAACAGAAACCCCAAUUUGUCCAUGAUCCUGCGUUGCUGUGCAGUCACAGCUUACAAUCACCUUUUCUUCAUAUUUCCAGCCUCUGUUGCCCAGUGGUACUGGAGGCCACCACUUCCUUUGCCUGAAGAAGCUCCGUCCAUUGCUGAAGUACUGAUUGGAGUUGUGGGUUGUCUACUGCUCUUUGAUUUUCAAUAUUUUAUCUGGCAUCUGAUUCAUCACAAAAACAAAUGGCUGUAUAAAACCUUUCAUGCACUUCACCACGAAUAUAUGGCUCCAUUCUCCUUAGCUACACAGUGUCUGGGGGGGUGGGAACUGAUCACAGUGGGCUUCUGGACUAGCGCAGAUCCUAUCUUUCUCAAAUGUCAUCUGUUGACUACCUGGGUUUUCAUGGUCUGCCAUGUCUAUGUUUCUGUGGAAGACCACAGCGGGUAUGACUUCCCAUGGUCUACAUCACGUCUGGUGCCCUUUGGAAUUUAUGGUGGUCCUGUCAUGCACGAUGUUCAUCACCAGAGACCUAUGACCAACUUUGCACCACACUUCAGUCACAUGGAUAGACUUCUGGGCACACAUUCUAAAUUUAGCUACUCAAAAGGUUACCUUGAACCUGAAGGAGUUAAUGAAACUUGCUGUGCUAGCAAUGAUUUGGAUAGUUUGUAUGAUGACAGCAUCACACCAAGUGAGAGAACUGCUAUGAAUAACAAAAAAUGACUCUGAAAUAUUAACUUGCUACUGGGCAAAAUACAACUCUCAAGAAGAAUUAACAUCUAACCUAAAUAAAGGUUUGGAGUCACUAGACCAGGAUAACAAAUAUAAAAAAAAUAAGACAUUAUCCUUAACUUAUUUAACAAACCCACCAACGUUCUCUUUAAAUCCUUUUCCUCACAUUCUUUGUAAAUCUUUGUUCUUGCAUGCUAUGAUUACUUUGAAUGCUAUAGCCUAAUACAGUGUGGAGAGCAUCAUCUUUGAUUACUGCACCUGAAAACAUGCUUCUCAUCAUUUUCUGGCAUUUAGCCUCUCAUGUGGUAUUUGAUUUGUGAAUUUUGUCAAACUUCUGCUAUUACUUGAAUUGUAUGGGCCUGCAGGACACUGAGGUUACGUUUCAAAUUUAUAAAGCAUGUGAAAGAAACUAAUUUUACUUGUUAGAUAACAAAUACAAAUAUACUGUAAAUCAUACACACAGACAUGCACAUUCCAAACAAAGUGCUUGCUAAGUGUUAUAGUCAGUACUGUUAUUUCAAUUAUAAAUUUUACUAAAAUCAUUAAUGUCUUUAUGUUUUAAAGUUGUGCAGCACUACAGAAUUACACUGAAAAAAUGUUUUGUCCAGUAUGAAAAGGUGUGGAAAACGAUUUCGUUAAAAAGCACAAUUCUUCUGUAUAGAUGGAAAAAUACCAUAUGAAACCUUUUGUAAUGAGGGCACUCUUUCUGUAUACAUGGAAAUAAGCCACUUGAAGCCUUCGGACUGACCUGUUGAAUAUAAAUCAUGCACCCUGUA